AUGUUAUGGGCAAUCCUUCUGUUUUUCUUGGUGCCGGCUGCUUCAAGCCUUCACGAUCGUCAGAGUGGUCCGACCAAAUUUAGACACCAAGAGGUAGUGGCACGCCAUGGUGCUGUUGCUACUGAUUACGGUAGAUGUUCAAGGAUUGGGAUUGUUGUUCUUCGUGAAGGCGGACAUGCUAUUGAUGCAGCUGUAGCUGCUGCUCUUUGCUUGGGAGUUGAGAGUCCAGCAUCAUGUGGCAUUGGUGGAGGAGCCUUUAUGCUAAUCAGAUUAGCCAGUGGAGAGGUGCAGGCCUUUGACAAUAUGUAUAAUGUCAGUGCUACUCUAAAGGCAAGUGGUGCCCUUUCCGUUGCUGUCCCAGGGGAACUUUCUGGUCUUUAG